GAGAGAGAGAGAGAGAGAGAGAGAGGGAGAGAGUGAAAGGGAGAGAGAGAGAGAGAGAGAGAGAGAGAGAGAGAGAGAGAGAGAGAGAGAGAGAGAGAGAGAGAGAGAGAGAGAGAAAGAUAGAGCAAGUCAGAGAGUGGGAGUUCAAAUGAACAAGGGACCGGCUAAAAGACUCAGAUGAUUGGUUGUCAGGGAGCCUCGCGGGGCAGAGAAGGGAAAAGGAGAAGCAGGACAGAAUGAAAGACAGAAUCCUACAAUCAAGGUAGUCGCCGGACCUCAUCCCCCACAGCGAAGGAUGAUCACCGCGGCACUCCUACACCUCAUCCGCCACGGACCCUCCGCCGUAACCAGAUUAUGAAGAUUUGAUACAUUUUAUGGAAAACACGUCUGGCGACGAAUCAAAAGACUGGAUUAGUUGCCUUUUCAUCUCCUCUCGUGUCUUAGCCAGCCGUCCGCCCGGCGCCGGCGUUGAGACCAUGGGGCUGGAGCGAGGCCAGCGGGCGUCCCUCGCCAUCACCCUCAACUUCGUGGCGUUCGCCUUCGCCGUCUCGGCCGUGAGCACCAGCUACUGGUGCGAGGGGACCCGGAAGGUGGUGAAGCCGUUCUGCACGGGCCCGGUGACGGUGAGGCAGUGGUACUGCAUCCGCUUCAACAGCUCCAACAUCAACGACAGCAGGCUGGUCCAGUACAUCUGGGAGAGCGGAGAGGAGAAGUUCCUCAUGAGGAAGUUCCACACCGGCAUCUGGUUCUCCUGCGAACAGGCAGCAGACAUGAAUGGGUUUGACUGCAGAGACUUCUUUGAGAUCGCACCAGAACAUGAAAGAGGUGUGCUGUGGCUGUGCAUCGUGGCAGAGCUCCUGUACCUUACGCUGCUCUUCAUGGGAGGAAUCUUGAUGACAGUUGAACAGUGUCCCUGCUUCAGCGUCAUGAACAAGCUGAAACUCAACGCCUUCGCCGCCAUGUUCACCGCACUGUCGGGCCUGUGUGGCAUGGUGGCCCACAUGAUGUUCACCACCAUCUUCCAGCUGGCCGUUGCCAUAGGACCAGAGGACUGGAGGCCCAAGACCUGGGACUACAGCUGGUCCUAUAUCCUGGCGUGGGGUUCUUUCGGUACCUGCAUGGGUUCUGCGGUGGCCACUCUGAACCGCUACACCAAGACCAUCGUGGAGUUCCAGUACAAGCGUCGGAACGUCGAGAAGAACAUGAGGAUUAAGCAGAAACUUCUAGAGCUGGAUCUUCCGGAGCAGAUGUGGGACAUGUACCUGACGGCUGUGCCUGCUGGUACCGAGGCUCACCUGGACCUACCGGACACGGGGCCCGUUAACGGACGCAAACCGCCCAGCGGGACCAAGUACAUGGUGGGCCUGGAUGAUGUUCCAGAUCCGUACCUGGGUCGGCAGGGGGAGGAGUACUGCUAGAGAUGACGACCACAACCGUGGUCCAGGACUGGGUCUCAUAGGAGCUGGGACCCUGCCAAGCUCUGUGAGUCAGACCAAACACCCACACACGCAUGUACACUAAACAACCUGUGUAUGUGUUUGUGCCUGUGUGAGUGAGUGUGUGUGAGUGUGUGAGUGUGUGUGCAUGUGUGUGCAUGUGUGUGCAUGUGAAGUGAAUGAAGACCAGUCCCUGACAUAGAUCCAAUUUUAAUUACUUUUUUUGAUGACAACAGUGUUGGAAAUGAGUCUACGCCAAGCCAAAGUACAUAUCAAUGGUGUAAGACUGCCCUCUAAUGAACUGAAGUUGUAAUCGCCUGCUGUAAAACAGUGCUGGGAUGCAGUGGUUUGUAACUGUAAUGAUGUUGGCGCCCUCAUGUGGACUAAUAUGGUAUUACAGCAUCACGAUGGGAAGAUAACUCUCCCAUCAUGGCCAUUGACUGUUACUGCCAAACACAUGUCAAUCUACAAUAAAGUGUGCUUGUGUUUUGUAAGAGUGGCUUUAUCUGCAUUAGGAUCAAAUGACAUUAAGACUGUUAAGACAAUAACAUGAAUA